AAUUUUGACAUAUUUUAGCUGAUUGUCCCAGGGGCUGUAAACAAAAGAUUUUUACUCAAAAAUUAAUUGUUUCUGUUAAUUAAAUACAUUUAAUACGUAACUUUAUGCUUCUCAUGGGUGAUAUUUAAAGUUUUCCACCAUCGCCAGAGUUUAGCUCAGCCGCCUUUUUUGUUGUGAUUACUUAAGUGGUGAAUCAUCACCCAAAAAUUUGUUGACUGUAUUUACCUGCUUCUGCAGCCUUCGUUUCAGUGUAAAGUCUUUGAGUCAUACUCAAGAUGGAGUGGUUGUUCGGCCACCGCAUGACUCCCGACGAGAUGCUGCGCAAGAACCAGCGCGCGCUGAACAAGGCUAUGCGCGACCUGGACCGCGAGCGCAUGAAGAUGGAGCAGCAGGAGAAGAAGGUCAUUGCCGACAUCAAGAAACUCGCUAAGGAGGGACAGAUGGAUGCUGUAAAAAUAAUGGCCAAAGACCUGGUGAGGACCCGGCGGUACGUCCGCAAGUUCAUGCUGAUGAAGGCGAACAUCCAGGCCGUGUCACUGAAGAUACAGACCCUCAAGUCUCAGAGCACCAUGGCUCAGGCCAUGAAGGGGGUGACGCGGGCGAUGGCCACCAUGAACCGACAGCUCAACAUGCCGCAGAUACAGAAGAUUUUGCAGGAGUUUGAGAAGCAGUCGGAGAUCAUGGACAUGAAGGAGGAGAUGAUGAACGACUCCAUCGACGACGCCAUGGAGGGCGACGCCGACGAGGACGAGAGCGACGCGGUGGUGUCGCAGAUCCUGGACGAGCUGGGGCUGCAGCUGAACGACACGCUGUCCGGCCUCCCGCAGGCCACCGGCUCGCUCUCCGUCGCCGGCGGUGCGCGCGUGCCGGCGGCAGCAGCAGCCGUGGCGGGGGGCGGCGGUGGCGCGGGGGGGCCGGUCAGCGACGCGGACGCCGAGCUGCAGGCGCGCCUCGACAACCUGCGCCGGGAGUAGACCCCCCUGCAUGUGAGCUGGCGAGUCGGAGUACACCCCCGCGCUAGUGUGAGCGUGAAAGGGUAAAGAAACAGGACUGUACUAUAGGCGCAGAUUGUAAGUUUUGUUUUUGAAUAACAAAACAUUUUAUGCAACAAACGCAAAAUAAUUAUAAUAAUGUCCUCUUCAGUUUGUAUUUACCUGCGUUACUUUCAACUGAUUGUAAGUUUUUCAGUAGACCGUUUUUAAAAGAGAUGUGUGCCUUGACACAUAUACUAAAAAUAUUAUAAAACUAUAAUUGCGCCGUAUUUUAUAAAAUUACCACUAUUAAAUGAGAUUCGUGUUCUACUAAUAUUCAGUGCUGCAAACAAUACACUUCAUUAUGCUUGCGUCUUAAAACUCACAAAAUUAAAUGUAAUAAGUGUGAAUAUCGAUCUGCGAAAGGAAGUUGUGUAUGAAUGUAUACCUCUUUUGUGCGUAUGUAGCUGUUGCGUAAUUUGUCGUUCUCGUAUAUUUUGCCUAAUUUAUCCUUACAUAAAAUAAUUUAAAAUCCUUAUAAUAUUGUUAUCAUCCUUAUUCAUCAAAAACUUUUGAGACAAAGACAUAAAAUUUUAUGUAUGUACACAAAAGAGUACUGUAAAUUUAGUUGCUACAUUUAGCUUUUUAUAAAGAGAUGAGCGAGUGAUAACUAAAUUAAUUAAUAUACAUGUACAGAUUUGUUAAGUUACUAUAAUUAAGUUUAUGUAUAUUUUAAUAAAUAUUUUUGUAAAACA